AUGAACCCACCAAAGGAUCUGCCUCCCCCUAUCUCUCCUCGAAAAAAACCUUUUCGGAAUGGAAACCGUUCGAACCGCCUCAACCAAAGACAAGUUCACAGUAAUGAAAUUAAGGCAAACAAUAUACGUGGUAACAGCCAAACGCCUUCACGAUCACGACAUGUUCGGGCUUAUACCACAUGCGCGAGGCUUCCUACUUUAGUAUCUGCAAUUCCAAUCUCAACCCCGACACAUAAUCACAUCUCACCGCAUCGGAUCUCGACACUUUGUAGUGCUCGUCCACAGUCUCCGAUCAUCUCUGAGUCCAGGACAAAGAAUAAAUGCGCAGUCACGUCUGUAGGUCGACAGGAUAUCCAACUACAUCGAUCGCAAAUGGGCAUCCAACACAUUGCUGAAUGUCAUGAGACAAAAACUCAGAAAUUACUCAAAAAUAACCAACUUCUUGCCAAGCCGCGUGUGCACCGUCUAACCAAGCCUUCCAUCAGGAUGUGUGGGGUACCUCUAACAUAUAAUUCAUUUACGAAGGGAAAACGGCAAACAAACCCCAUAGUAGGAAAUUCUGCCUCACGGAGUGACAAACUUGAACCAUAUCCGGAUACAAGGUGUGCGGCGCAUGCAGAGGUAUUAUCACCAUUCGAACUUUUACCUGAAAGGGCCAUCUUUAGUGGACCUGGUUUAGGUGAUGGAGUCACCACGUCUAGUGCCAAUAUUUUCACUUAUCUGCAAGGGGUUUCCGAGAUGCUCUGGGCCCCGCUUGAUGACCAAGAGAAGGAAUAUCUUGAGCAGCGCAAGGAGUUACCUAGAUUGUUCCGAUGUAUGCUGGAGGAGAUGGAACGGGUUGGACCUAAUGAGAUUUGUAACCGUGGUCCCAACGCAGCAGCGGCGUGGAUGCUGGAAUGGCUAACAAAUGCUCAGCGACAUUGCUCUAAACCUAUUUCCGGGUUUGAUGAAAUCUCUAAAGAUACGGAAGAGCAUGAAUGCGAAGGUUUUGCAGGCGAUUUAGGAAUAGAGAAUAAUGGAGAUAUAGUUGCAUUAAAAGCUUGGGGGUUAAGUAGCAGUAGCAGCUCUGUAAAUAAUAAAGGCGUCAGUGUGUUACCUUUAGCAACCGAUCCACGACAUCUUACUGACAAUAAAGCCGCAGUUUCUAAUUCGCAGAAACUUCUCCUGGCUUCUUCAAUCUCGGCGGAUCAUUCCUCAAACGGCUCAACCGUUUGGAACGCACCACCAGUAGCCGUUGCGACGGCCGUUUGGCUUGAAAAGGUAUUCCCGGAGCUUAUCUGUUGUCUUACACCUGAAAGUAGCUGUAGUGCGACUGGACUUCCGACCACGUCUUCUGACGAUGCAACCCCGCUGUUCACGCCAAAAGAAGCCUCAUACUUACCUUCUGAGUUGCGUUCCGCGUCAAGACAAGCACCCAAGAGCCCUACUGAUAUUGCUGAGCAAAGCUUUUUGAACCAUCUACAGCUCUGCCUGAAUCACUAA